AUGUCCAACUCCCUCACAGCAGCCCACCUGGAGGCUUUGCGGACAGCACCACCGCUCCUGAUGCAGAGACAGCGGCUGAAAACUUGGCUAAACAGGUUAAACAAGAAGGUCUUCAACAUUACUAAGGUGUUAGAGCAAUUACACACGUUUGCUGCAAAUAAAAAGUCUGGUUAUGAACGAGAAUCGGCAGCUGUUGGACUACACGCACUGGCGACACAUCUCAAGGCUGGCGUCGGACCUCUCUUACUUGCGUCUCUGCCCGUAUUACUCGACUUGUACUCGGAUAAAGGAGACGUAGUGCGUCUUGCUGCAACAUCGGCUGUUCGUGCUAUUUUAGCCUUGUUUCCUCCGGAAGCAACGCGUGUAGUACUACGCGAGUUAUUGGGCGUCGUCAAUGGAGAGGGUGGUGGAAAAUGGAAAACAAAGGGAGCUCUGGACACUAUCAGGAGAUGGGUCGAGGAGAAGAGCAAGAAGGCUGAGAGAGCGGAGUAUAUUGCUGCUGAGCUAGGAAUUAUCCUCCCAACUGUGGAAAAUGCGAUGCAUGACACUAAGUCCGAGGUCUCGAAUGCUGCCAAAAAAUGCGCUACGGCACUUUGCGGGACAGUUCCGAACCCCGACCUCGAAAAGCACAUUCCUGCUCUCGUACAGGCUAUGGAAUCACCGGCCAACGUGCCAGCUACAAUCAAGGCUAUGAGCAACACAACCUUCGUUGCUGAAGUUACCGCCCCGAGCUUGGCAGUUUUGGUCCCUCUCUUAUCUCGUGCGCUAAACGACAGGUCGCCAGAGACCCUCAGGCGAGCCUCGAUUGUAACGACCAACAUUGUCAAGCUUGUUCGCGAUCCCGCCGUUGCUGCUCAAUACCUAGGCCCUCUGAGCGACGCAGUUCAUAGGGUUGCGAGCGGGGCGUCCUUUCCAGAAGUGCGAGCUUUUGCCAAAGAGGCUGAGGGCGUACUGAAAGCUGCUGGAGGUGAUGUGAAAACUAAUGGCGCCAAAGAGAACAAAGUGUCCGAUGGACUGGAUGACGAUGUUCUGGUAACGAUUGUUGCAAAAAUGCCAGAAGGCUAUUUACGUAGACCAAAGUUUGAGUUGCCUGGACAAAAGGUUCAACUCCACCCAGCCCAACGAAAGUGUCUAUUAUUUGCUGCUGAACUCGGGGCCGAGCUUGUUCGUGCUGGCAGGGUCCGUGCCUAUGACGCCGAGCAGGCGGUGUGGGGUCGAUGCGUGGGAGCUUACAUUGCUGGUUGGAUUAGAGUAGAUCAUGAGGUUAAUGGUACCGGGAGUGACGCAAAAGCCGAAGGAAAAGGUGACGGAUGGGAGAUUGCCCAGGCAGUAAGGUCACAUUACUGGGACUUGGAACGGGUAUUGUCUCUGCGUGAUAUCCUUUUUGUUCUUGAUAUCAGCCUUGUUCUCACUCGCAUACGGGGCGCUCCUGCUUUUAUCACAUACGACUUUAAGGCUAGUGAGGGGACGAAGAUAUGGUAUUUGCGCGGCUACUCGCGCCGAUUGAUCUACCUCGUUUUGAACAUCAAUUGUCCAGAGGACAAGCAUGGGUUUCAAUUGUGGCUCCGUUGUGUUGGUCUAGAGCUUGCCCUGUGGCCAUUCCAAUCAGCUGAGAAAGUCGUCCACGUUGAAAAUUUCCCGCCUCAAUCCGAGGUACGAGCUGUCAUGGUUGAACAUGCUCUUCAAGGAGAAGAUGCCAGUUUAUCAAUCUUGGAUUUCAUUGCAAGCGACCCUCAGCUUGCCAAUAUUUCACGCGAGACGAUCGCGGCUCAGUUACGUGAAGUUGGAUUUGACGAUGAACGCCAGUCCCAUACCGUAGGCAGCUUAUCCGGAGGAUGGAAAAUGAAGCUAGAACUUGCGCGUGCCAUGUUAUACAAGGCCGAUUUGCUGAUGCUUGAUGAGCCCACAAACCAUCUAGAUCGGGCAUCUGUUAAAUGGUUGGAAGACUAUUUGAUCGCACACGACAAAGUGACGGUGCUCACCGUCAGCCACGAUUCAGGAUUUCUCGACAACAUAACAACCGAUAUUAUUCACUAUGAGUCCAAGAAGCUCGUGUACUAUCCUGGGAACCUAUCCAAGUUUGUCGAAAAGGUCCCAGAGGCUAAAUCAUACUAUACUCUUGCAGCUACUUCGGUCAAAUUUUCUUUCCCCCCUCCUGGCUCAUUGAUGGGCGUUCGUAGUAACACUCGGGCCAUUCUGAAACUUGCCAACUCUACUGUUGUUACCGGUAGUCGAGUUGGAAUCAUAGGACCCAACGGGGCAGGAAAAUCGACUUUGAUCAAACUUUUGACUGGGGAAACUUCGCCGCAAGAAGGAACGGUUUACAAACACCCCGCGUUGCGUGUGGGCUAUGUAUCGCAACACGCGACACAUCAUAUUGAGAGGCAUCUGGAAAAAACCGCUGUUCAAUAUAUUCAGUGGCGUUUUCAGGAUGGGCACGACCGUGAAUUACUUGAAAAGUCAACACGUGUACUCACCGAGGAAGAAAAGGAAUUGCUUGAGAAAGAUUUCAUCGGGCGCAACGGAGAGAAACGAAAACUGGAGUUGAUAAUGGGUCGCCAAAAGCUAAAAAAAUCUUUCCAAUACGAGGUGAAAUGGCGAAAUCUCGACCAUAAGUUCAACACAUGGAUCCCUCGUGAAGAAUUGUUGGAGAAGGGGUUUACUAAGCUUGUUCAGCAAUUUGAUGACCUGGAAGCUUCGCGUGAAGGUGCUGGCACUCGUGAUACUUCUGCCAGCCUUGUGAGAAAACAUCUUGAAGAUGUUGGUCUAGAUGGGGAUAUUGCCCAAUAUAAUGAAAUGAAACCUACAAAUUUCUUGGACCGGGAGGCGCUAGGUGGUCUCGCCGUCGCUAUCCGUGAUUGGGGUGGCGCCGUAGCAAUUAUUUCCCACAAUGAGGAAUUCGUGGGCGCGCUGUGUCCUGAGAUAUGGAAUGUCGCGGCAGGACGGAUGACCCAUCAAGGAAAAUCAGCAGUUGUGGAAGACGCUUUUGCAGACGGCAAAUUCAAAGCAACCCCGAAGGGUUCGCCAGCCGCUUCUGCUCGGGCCAGCAAGGCCCCAACCCCCGCCGUGUCUGCCUCCGCUACCCCGGCAGGCAGUGGGAAUGAAGGAGCAGCCCCCGCAGUUCCCAAGUCAAAGAAGAAAAAGUUGACGAGAAAUCAGCUCAAGGCUCAGGAAGAGAGGAGACGUAUUCGCAAACUUAACUGGCUGACCUUUGGAGGCCCAAAACCGGAGGAUACUGAUAGCGAUUGA